AUGAUGGCUUUGAACAAUCAAGACAUUUUUUUCAUCACAGAUAUCCCAACGUCGCUUAAAACGGCUGACCUGAGGCGUAUAUUUUCUCAGCACAUUGAAGCCGGAGCAUUCGAAUGUUUUCAUUACCGUCACCGACCGGCUUCAUCGCACAUUACCCUUGCUCCGCACAGCAGCAUCAGCGCAAAGAUGCUCCUACGUAUUUUAAGGCGUCACCGAUCAAGAAGGACUAUUAACUGCACUGCACUGAUAGCUAUCAAACCCGAUAACACGCAGAAGAUCUUGAAUACCCUCGAGGACUCCUGGUACACUGACGCUAAGUGUGGUAAUUUCGCGCCUUGUAAGCUACACCGCGUGAGACAUGCAGUGCCACUUCUAGAGACCCUCAAAAAGCUUUGCGAAUUCUCGCCACCUUCCUGGAUGCCACAGGGUAACGUCGGAACUCCCAUAUCACACUUUAUCUCACUUAUCCGGUCGUGCAGAUUGGGUUCAGACAUCAUUCGAGGACUGAAGCUCGACUUCUCUUGUUUGAGAAGCAAUCGAAAGUAUGGAACCGUUCCAUACGUUUAUCCUGACAACGAACCAACACUUGGCCCAAUUACGAACAUGAAAGAUGCAAUCGAUGUAGAAGAUCUUAAAACUCAAAGUGGAUUGGUCCUCUCGAAUCCUGUGGAUGUAGACCAAAUCGCUGAAGAGUGGGAUCGUUUCGAAGCCCUCCACAAUGAUCCUUACGAUGUCGACAGGAGCAGUAAGCAUUCCCUGAAGUACGAGAGCAGAAUUAAGCUGAAGUGGGAGAAAGGUGGACCCGGUCUGGUGCAUUACACAGACGAGAUGUUCUGGAGGGAGCGUGAAAGUGUACGGAGGGACGAAUUCUUCGACGAACCUUCCUCUUUUGACUGGGAUAUCAACCUUCACCAGUAUAGCGACGAUGAGGGACUGAGCUUCGCGGGACCCGGUGGGCCGGAUCUCGACAGCAAACAACUUAGUCAAAUCCUUGACGACCCGAUUGAGGAAUGCGUGAAACCAUUCUUAUCCGCGUAUGGGGCUAAGAUAAUGCAAAAUCAAGGUUGGCGCAGAGGUACUCGUCUUGGGGACCCAAAGCGAAGAGGUUUGCUGGAACCAAUUACUUCGGAGGAUGGUUCGGUUUCGACGAACAGAUCUGGCCUUGGAUUUACUGUCUCAUCAUUUCGUUCUCCUUUUACAAGAGUUUCCCCUCGGCACACAAGCGGUGCUGGUUUCCAACCCAUUAGUCCUGAGAAACGCUUUGUUAUUAACAGUCCCUACAGUUCCCGUGGAAUUGAAGGUGUGAAAUUUAGGUCCGGCGGUGUUAUUGGCUUGAGAUGA